AUAACUGUGAAAUUAUAUAUUGCAAAAGUAUAUUUUAAAUCGUAACAUGGCGUCUGGGACUAUGUCGCUUUCGCAGUGGGUAAACAAGGAACUAGUCAAGUUGCUGGGAAUAGCAGAGACAGACGUUGAAGAUUUAUCGUCUUACCUUGUAACGAUUGAUAAUCCUGAGGAAUUGACCACUUUCGUGACUGAGUUGUUGUCUGAGAAUGGCACAGAGUCUGGAUUGGACGGCCCCAAAAAGCAGUUUAUUCGCGAUUUGUUGGGAAGAUGGGAGAGAGUUCGGGUCCCUGACAACGUAAUGGUUUACAAAAAAGAUGAUGAUGACGGUUUUAAUGGUGGAAAAAAACUUUUGGGGAAAAAGUUAUUGCCAUCAUCUAACUCUAAUCCUUUUGAUAUGAGCAAGAUGGGAGAGAGUUUAGAGGGUGGAGAGAAAAAGGCAAAGAAGAAGACCCAUUAUGUUUCCUUAUAUGGUAAAGAUGGUGAGAUGAGAGCUCAUGCAGUUAUGUUGCCUGGAAGAAACAUUUGCGAAUGUCAAGCUCAAAAACAUAAGCUGGUAAACAAUUGCUUGAGCUGUGGGCGAGUGGUUUGUGAACAGGAGGGGUCGGGCCCUUGUUUGUUUUGCGGGGAUUUGGUUUGCACAAGAGAGGAAAAGGAGGUGCUGGCAAGAAAAUCAAACAAGAGCAAAAAACUUCAUGAAAAACUGAUCAAUAUAGAAGGUGGAGGGAUACUUGGAAACCAAGGUUAUUGGCAUUCAGCUUCAUCAAACCUCGCAAGUGCGCUGGAGAAAGCUCGGGCUUAUAAAGAGCGGUUGCUUAAGUAUGACAGAAGUUGUGCCAAACGAACAAAAGUAAUUGAUGAUGAAUCUGAUUAUUAUGCAACUGAUUCAAAUAUAUGGCUCAGUGAAAAGGAGAGAAGUCUUCUUAAAAAGAGAGAAGCUGAAAUGAGAGAAAAAAGACAUGGCUCUAGACUGAACAGAAAGGUUACACUGGACAUUGCUGGACGAAGGGUACUGGAUGAUGCUGAUUUAGAUAUAGAAUAUGAUGUAACAAAGGAUGAAGAAAUUAUGGCAGCAAACUUUGGACAUCAUUCUGACGAAAUCACAGAAGAUAAUUACAUAGAAAUAACAAACAACAAAGAAAAUUUUCCAGAAAUUGCGAACCCAAAUAUUAAUGGACCCACUCCUACUUACUUAACUGAGGUUGCAGAAAAAGUGGAAAAAACAACCAACAAAGUUUGGAAAUCAAGCAAUAAAAGACUGCAAGAUGAGCAGUUACUUGCACUGUCUGAUCCGGGAAUGUGUCUCAGCAUGCACCAACCAUGGGCAUCUCUGCUUAUAAAAGGAGUCAAGAGGCAUGAAGGGAGAUCUUGGUAUUCAAACCAUCGUGGAAGAUUAUGGAUUGCUGCAGCAGCUAAGAAACCGACAAAGGAUGAAAUAUUCGCAAUUGAAGAACAACAUAAACUUCACUGGCAAGCUACUGAUGGGUUACAGGCUAUGCCAGAGUUGCCCAAAGAGUAUCCUGCCGGUUGCUUACUUGGUUGUGUGCAGGUAAAAGAAGUUCUUUCUCAAGAAGAAUAUUCUGUUAAGUAUCCAGGUGGUGAAUCUGGUGGAGCUUAUGUUUUUGUUUGUGAAGAUCCUCACGAACUUAAAGUUCUGUUCCCUGUAAAAGGAAGACAUAAGAUUUGGAAAAUUGAACCUAAAACUCAUCUUAAUGCAAAGAGAGGGCUACAAAUGUAACUUACUAUUUAUGAUGUUCCAGAAAUAAUAAAUUUAUGAAAUAUUAUUUGUGUGCAAAUGUGAAAUAAAAAUGGAUCAUAUGUUUGUGUGG